AUUAGAUAGCUACCGUUCUCUCGAAAACGUAUAAAACACCAACGAUAUUGAGCCGCGAACAUUGUGUUAAAAUUAUCACUGUAAGAUCAGGAUGAUAAAAGCAACAAUAUUACUUGCUCUUGUGGCUAUUAUUGGUUGUGCCGCGGCACAAACAACUACAACUCAGUCUCCAGCGAGUGAUCCAUGUGUGGAAACGGCGACAGCUGACGGAUUUCUCCCCCAUCCAACUGAAUGUACCAAGUACUUUUCGUGCUACGGCGGCAAAGGUUACGAGCAGACAUGUCCUGAUCAAAAAUAUUUCGAUCCAAUUAAUUUGUUAUGCGACAUUCCUGAGAAUGUAGACUGCGUCGUGAACAACUGCCCACCGAAUGAAAUUGUAUAUCUGCCCGUUAAUGGCUCAUGUACAGACUUCAUACGAUGCAUUGGUGGAGUGGCUUAUGAAAGUUCAUGCCAGCCAGGCUUGUUUUUUGAUCCAGCACUACAAGAAUGUAAUUUGGAAAGCGAGGUAGAUUGCGUAGUAAAUCCCUGCACACAACCACCGCCAGACCCUCCUAUCCUGGAAAUCUAUCCAAACCCAGGAAACUGCAAAGAGUAUAUCCUAUGUUUGAAUGGCGAAGGAAUUGUUCGGCAAUGCGCUCCAGGACUGUUCUUUGAUGAGCAGGCAACGAGUUGUGUAGCUGGCUUUGAGGGUGAUGGCUGUACUAGUGAAAUUGCUACCGACGCACCUGUAAUGAAUAGAGCUCUUUGGUAGAAGAAGUUGGAAUUGGUUAGGUCUGUCGUAUAUUGCUGUUAUGCAAAUAAAGACACUGAACACCCAAAAGUUGUGACGUGAAAUUAAA